UCAUAAAGACGACAACGGCACGUCAACACGAAGACGACCUAAUUCAUGCGAAAUGCAGUGAAUGUCCUCACGAAAUAUCCAGUCUUGGAAAAUGCAACAUAGAUCGUUUCGAAUUGAAGACAUCUUAGGGGAAGAUUCUCCCAAAGAGACGACAAAUAAGAAACAAAAAGAAGAAGUGCAGAUGACAGUUGUUCGAAGGCCAAUUUUAUUGCCAAGAAUUGAGCCUGUGGCUUGGAACCAUCGUGUGAAUAAUUGCUGCAACUCUUUUUCGAUCUACGGACACCGUCCUGAACCGAAGGCUUGUUCAUCACCGUGGCAUUAUCAUAAAAAUGUGCACGGAUAUCAAGACCCCUCUCAUGAUUUUUUCAACGCAAGAAAUUUCACCAUGAAUGGCAAACAGCGACGACCUCGCACAGCUUUCUCUAGUCACCAGCUCCUCACACUUGAACGCCAUUUCCAAGCUCAGAAAUACUUGACUCGGCCGCAACGAUACGAGCUCGCUACCAGUCUCAUGCUAACUGAGACCCAAGUCAAGAUAUGGUUUCAAAAUCGCAGAAUGAAAUGGAAAAGAUGCAGCAAGAACAUAAAUGGGCGAAAAUCGAUGAAAAAUAACGCAGAAGUUGUCACUAGUAGUUCGAUGACAUAGAAAUCAGAGGAUUGAUUUUUCUUUUAUCACAGCUGAUGAACUAACGCUGUAAAUAUUUCAUGACAUUAUUUUGCGUCAUAGAAUUGACUGUUGUUGCCAAGAAACAAAAUUAAAUUGCUUAAGGCUAAGGUUACUCUAAAGGAUAUAUUACCAUGAAAUCAUACUGAUAAUACCCCUGCUUAUAACUGAGUCCAUCCCAUACCACCCACCCUCAGUUUUCGUUGUGUUAUCGAUAUGGAACAGGGAAAAUUUCUCGCUUCAAUAAUACAAAUCUGUUACUUCCGUUGCAGUUAAAUUACAACAGUUAUUACUUGGUUACUAUGUAAUGAGCUUAAUCAAACCAGGUGAAAAAGUGCAUGCAUUAUGAGCGCAAACUCAAACAGUCGGAAUGAAAGACUUCUUAACUCAAUGAUCCGAGUUACAAAAAUAUGUACACAAUGAAGUAAGCUAUAAAUAAACAAAGGGAGUAAGCUUCUAAAGAAACUGAAGUGCUGUGUUGGUUGGGGAGAAGAACAAGAUGAUUUGUUUUUCAACUGAGUUGAUAAUUUAAAUUGGCCACCGUAAAGAGUCAGUCUCUAAAGCUGAUGUUUCGAGCGUUAGUCUUUCGUCGAUUGUUCAGAGGGAGGGCUAACGACGCUCGAAAUGUCACCUUUGAAAACCCCUUACGGUGGACCAAUAUAAAUUAUCAACUGAGUUGAUAAAGGCAAAUUGUCUUUAAGUAGGGUACAGUCAAGUAGCCCUGACCUAAAAUCGUUUUUUGUUUUUCGCGACACAAUGAGCAUGACUAAACUUAAAAUUACAGUUCUCGUUUAUUUAACGUCUUGCUUAGACUGAGA